GCUGCUGGUGAUCACGCGUGCCUCGUGCGGUGCUGCUUUGUAGAGAAUACUCUACUCGUGUUAUAGAGUGCGCCGCGGUGCGUGUGUGUGUGCUUAACUAUACGGCGAUAAAACAUGGCGUCGACGCUGGCGGACAUUAAUAUGGCGUCGUCGGAUCUAUCGGACAUGAUGUCCGAGGUGGAGAUCCAGUCGGACAUCCAGGAGGUCGAGAUCGAGUCCAUGCCCGUGGACAUGCCCGCGGGCUGCCACGUCGAGAGCGUCGAGACGUCGUGCGUCGGCAGCGACGAGGAGGACGACGAGGAGAACCAUCAUCAUCGUCAUCAUCAUCCUCAUCAUCAGCUGCUGGAGGGAGACGACGACGACGACGACGCCGAUGCGCGACGUGCCAUCAUCGCCCUGCACCACUCGGGCUUGCAGGCCGGCCAAGUCGAGGAGGACAUCAUGCUGCAGACCCAGGAGGAGAUCGUGGGCGAUCCGCUGGGCUGCUACGAUCAGAUUCCCGUGCCCGAGCACGGCGACGUCUACGUCGAGGCGAGUCCCGGCCCCUCGUCGAGGCAUCAUCAGCAGCAGCAUAUACAAAUACAUCAUCAGCCGCAGCAGCAGACUGUGCUCGGUGUGAAUAGUGUUGUCGGUGGUGUUGUUGGUAGUGGUGGUGUUGCAGUGACGAAAAAGAAAGCCCGCAAAAGUGCCUCCGGAUCGACGGUGCAGCAUCAACAACAACAACAGCAGCAGCAGCAGCAGCAUCAUCAUCAGCAGCAACAGCAGCAGCAGCGCUUCAGGCCAGCACCCCAGGAGCAGCACGCGAUAUUUGCCGAGAUGCCCGGCGAGAACAAGGCGAGAAAGUGGGAGCAGAAGCAGGUGCAGAUCAAGACACUCGAGGGCGAGUUCAGCGUCACGAUGUGGGCCUCCGGCACUGACGACGGAAGUGUUUUAUUAGCGUCUCAUUUGGUAGAUGUUCCUCAAGAUGAAGGCUCAAAUCCUGAAGCAGAACAAGAUUUUAAUGAAUAUAUUGACAGUAAAACCACUACUAAAUUAAACCACUCCAGCAGUUCUGUGUCCGACAGUGUGCCAGGAGUGGAUUUGUCUGAUCCCAAGCAAUUAGCUGAGUUCGCUCGACCAGGCCACAAAUUAAAAGUUAGAAAACCACCAGUGGUAGACAGUGCUGAACGUACUAUUGCUUGCCCUCACAAAGAAUGCACAAAAAUGUUUAGAGAUAACAGUGCAAUGCGCAAGCAUUUGCACACUCAUGGACCUAGAGUUCAUGUUUGUGCAGAGUGUGGAAAAGCUUUUGUUGAAAGUUCCAAACUAAAAAGGCACCAACUGGUCCACACUGGAGAAAAACCUUUUCAAUGUACUUUUGAAGGCUGCGGUAAAAGAUUCAGCUUGGAUUUCAAUUUGAGAACACAUGUUAGAAUUCAUACUGGAGACAGACCGUAUGUGUGUCCGUUUGAUGGUUGCAGUAAAAAGUUUGCUCAAUCAACUAACUUAAAAUCCCACAUAUUGACACAUGCAAAAGCCAAAACAAGAAAUGCUAUGGGUCGUCAGGUACCACAAAUGCAAAUGCAACAACCGCAAUUUGUUCAAGUGGAAGUGGCAGAUGUAGACAAUUCACAAUUUAUUGUGUACACCGAUUAGCCUUCUUUAAUAGCUUGAUCUCCAUAUGUGUGAUCCAUCCAUCAAAUUUGGUAAUAUAUUAAAAACAGUGUAAAUAUUAAAACGCUAAAGUGUGAUUUCGGGAGGACAAAUGGUAUGCUGGAAAUCGAUGGUGUCAUAAGACAGUGUUAAUUAUUUUGGUUCGUAUUUCUUAUGCUUCAAUGAAUUUGAAAAAAAAAGUCUUGUUUAACCUUCGAUUUAUGAAAAAAUACAAAUAAUUAUGUGUAAAGUUCAGAUUUAAACAAUGAAAAUCCAAUCAUGUUUUAUACUGAAAAUCUUAUAAAAUAAACGUAAAAGUUUAUGAUUAAUUAAUUUAUUUCAGUGGACUAUUGCGCCCUGCUAAAAUGUUAAAACUAUUAAAAGUACUGUACGAAACGUAUAAUAAUACGCAUAUUUAUGAUGAGAUAAUGAUUUUGAUGAGAGUAUUGUAUAAUUUGCGUAUGGUAUUAUUAUAAGUGCUUGUCGAGUUUUUUAUAAUACGUUCUGUUAAGUGCAUUACUCGAUAAUGCAAAUGUACAUAAGUAACUAUGUAAUUUAUUGAAUACCAUAUAUUUUUAAAAAUCCAAAACAUUUUUUUUUCCUAUUAGUACAUAAGAAUUAAGCAUAUUGUACUAAUAAACAUUGGUUGCCAAUCAACAAUUAUGUUCAUAAACCAGAUCAUACCUUCACUAACAUAGUUCUGAUUUUCUAUCUUGACUCUCUAAUUGACUGUUUAAAACUUAAAGUCUAUCAAAUUAAAGCACCUCAUGAUUUUCAUUGUAUGGUAUUUUAUAAAUUUUGUUAUCUACCGUCAUACAACCUUACAGAUUCAAGAACUAAAAUUUGUUCUUGACUCUUUGAGGUAUUAAAAAUUGAUUCAUUUCAAGUGCGUUUUAAAUUAUACAUAAAUUAUGCUCAAAUGUGUAACUAUCAAUUUAUGUAAUUAUUAUUAAUUUUUAUACAAGUUUAUUUCCCAAUGAUGUUUGGAAAUUCCAAGAAAACAGAACUUGUCAUCAUAAGAAAUUGCUUUAUACCAUAUCCUUAUUUUCUCUAUGAAAUUAUACUUUUGUAAAGUAGAUUUAUAUAUCUUUUGAACCAAGUAUCAAAUAUUCAAUUUGAUAUGGAAAAGCAAUAUCAUGAUUCAACUUUGUAUUCAUUCAACUGACAGUAGAUAUAUGUAAGAUAACUUUGUAAACUAAUUAAUGAGAGAAAUAUAAUCAGAACAACAGAAGAUGAAUAUCGCGACGUUCAUUUAACUUUUGAGUUGCAAAAUUAACGGUAAAAUCUGUCCAUAAUGGUUUCAAAUAUUUUUUUAAUUGUUUAGAAAAUGGUAUUCAAAAUUUAAAAACCAGUGAUUAUUUCGUGUGAAUAAAUGUGGUUAAAUUAUAAAAAAAAUCUUAAUAAAACUUUCAGAAAAAAACAA